CUUAGGGCAACAGAGGCAGAAGCAGCAGCCUCUUUGGCUCGCUCGACUGGCCUCGUCCGCGCCGCGCUGCCGUGGCCGGUCCGUCCUGACGGCCCUCAAUGACGCAUCACCUCGCAGCCUCGAGGCUACCACCUUACCUCCUCAUCCGAUAAAACUCCCUCUCCCUCUCCACACUCUUGGUUCACUGCAUCGAGAGCAUUCUCUUUCGUCGUCAUCGUCAACAAGAGCAGAGAACAUUGCGUACCACGCUGAAGAUACAGAGACGACAAGACGGGUUCUAUUGAAACUAGGAGGCAUCCAGUGAUACCCCUCCCCCUCCUCUCUCUCCCUCUUUCUCCACCAAUCUCUCAUCCAUCAUCCUAGCAGUAGCAGCAACAACAGCAGCAGCAUAACAGCAUCUCGACUUCCCUGUUUCUCCCCUCUUCACUACUCUCCCUCUUCACCUCUUCUUCAUCAUGGGUCAAACGCUGUCAGAGCCCGUGACAACCAAAGACACGGCCGCCGGCGAGGAUGAGGCCUUGGCAUGGGCCGUGAGCAACAUGCAAGGAUGGCGUAUCUCGAUGGAGGACGCACAUCAAAUGAUCCUGGAUCUCGAAGGCAACUCAAAGAGUGAUGAGAAGACUGCCCUCUUCGCAGUAUUCGAUGGCCACGGAGGUUCUGAAGCAGCCAAAUUCGCAGCAAAGCGUCUCCACCUCGCCCUCGCCGGCCUCGAUAGCUACAAGGCUGGUGACUACCGCCAAGCCCUCAAGGAUGCCUUCCUCAAGACGGACACCGACUUCUUCACCGAAGUUGACGGUGACCCGUCUGGCUGCACAGCCGUCGCCGCUCUGCUCAAGGCUCCCAAGCAAAUUUACGUAGCCAAUGCUGGAGACUCGCGCUCCGUCCUCGGCCUCAAGGGCGAAGCCAAGCCAAUGUCCUUCGACCACAAGCCGGGCAACAAGGACGAAAACGCCCGCAUCGUUGCCGCAGGAGGUUUCGUCGAGUUUGGCCGCGUCAAUGGUAACCUGGCCCUCUCUCGUGCCAUUGGAGACGCCGAGUUCAAGCGCAACUCCUCCCUCUCUGCUGAGACGCAAAUCGUCACCGCCGACCCAGAGAUCAUCGUGCACGACGUCACGGGCGAAGAGGAGUUCCUCGUCCUCGCCUGCGACGGAAUCUGGGACUGUCUCUCCAAUCAGCAGGUCGUCGACUUUGUCCGCCGCGGCAUCGCACAGGGCAAGGAGCUCACGACAAUCUGCGAGGAGAUCAUGACGCACUGCCUUGCGCCCGACAGCGAAAUUGGCGGCGUCGGCUGCGACAACAUGACAUUCAGCGUUGUGGCUAUGCUUGGCGGGAGGACCAAGGAGCAGUGGUACAGUUGGGUCAAGGAGCGAGUGGAGAAGAAGAUUGGAUGGGACACGCCCGAGGAGAUUGCGCCCGUCUUU